AUGUAUUAGGAAUGACAGCAUUAAAAAAAAAGAAAAAAAAGGAAGGAGUCAAAUGUGUUCGGUUCACGCACGACAUUUCUAGCUGCUGUGCAGUUUGAAAAGUUUGUUUAAACUUUUACAAUCAAAAGGCUAUUUUGGAUUUAUCGGUCUGGUCUACGAAGAGGAAUAGUUUCUGCGCAUAUUUGGAGCUUCGACGUAUGAGACGUUCUGUACAUUGGCGGACUCCUUGUGGAUAUUUACAUGAUACAGAGCUUUAUCUAGUCGUGUGUCUUCGAAAACUAUCUGCAAGAAUAAGAGGGAAACGUAUUGGAUAGUCUUAUUCUAUAGACUUUCUUAGUGAGAUAGAUAUACAUCAUGUUGGGGAGUACGGCGCAGUACGCCGCUAAGAAACGGAAGAAGCCUGUUCAGAAAAUUCCUAAACCCCCUCCUACAGAUGGCAUCAAGUCGAACCCGUCAAAGCGCCACAGGGAUCGGCUGAACGGAGAGCUGGACAAGUUGACCGGGCUGUUGCCGUUCUCAGAGGAUGUACGUGCGAGGCUGGACAAGCUGUCUGUGCUUCGGCUCAGUGUGGGAUACCUCAAGGUCAAGAGCUUCUUCAGUGCGACCAUGAAGAAAGGCGGUCCAGGGUGGGGGGUGGAGAGAGCGGUGGUGUUCGGAGGGAAUGGACAGAUCACUCUAGCGAAGAGCACAACCACCACAACCUCUGGGGAUGCGGUCACGUUUUCCGAGGGAAACCUCCUGCUCCAGGCCCUGAACGGUUUUGUGCUGGUGGUCACGGCGGAGGGAUACGUGUUCUACUCCUCUCCUACUGUUCAGGACUACCUAGGCUUCCACCAGUCAGAUGUGGUGCACCAGAGUGUGUUUGAGUUGAUCCACACGGACGACAGGGCCUUGUUCAGACGUCAGCUCCACUUCGCCCUUAACCCCAACCAGUUUGAUACAGAGCCAGGGACAACAGAGAGCUUGCAGCCUAACAACAGCAGUGACAUCACCAGCAACAUCGUGAGCUACAACCCGCAGCACGUUCCUCCUGAGAACUCCUCCUUCCUGGAGAGGAACUUCGUCUGUCGCUUCCGCUGUCUCCUCGACAACUCCUCUGGCUUCCUGGCCCUAAACUUCAAUGGGCGUCUGAAGUACCUCCAUGGCCAGAACAAGAUGUCAGAUGACGGGACCAUAGACCAUCCCCAGCUGGCCCUGUUCGUGGUGGCUACCCCCAUCCAGACCCCCUCUAUCCUGGAGAUCAGGACCAAGACACUUAUAUUCCAGACCAAACACAAGCUGGACUUCACCCCCAUGAAUGUUGAUACACGAGGGAAGGUGGUUCUGGGCUACACUGAGCUGGAGUUGUGUAUGAGAGGCUCUGGAUACCAGUUCAUCCACGCUGCUGACAUGAUGUACUGUGCCGACAAUCAUGUCAGAAUGAUAAAGACAGGUGAGAGUGGUCUGACUGUGUUUAGGCUCCUGGCCAAGAAUGGUGUGUGGAUCUGGGUUCAGGCUAAUGCCAGACUGAUCUACAAGGGAGGGAGGCCCGACUUCAUCAUGGUCAGACAGAGACCGUUAUCAAAUAAGGAGGGUGAGGAGCAGCUUCGCCAGCGGAGACUCCAGCUGCCCUUUAACUUCGCCACUGGGGAAGCUGUUCUCUACGAGGUGGGCCCCUCUCUGGACGUAGCUGACAUUCCAACCCAGAGCAAGGGCCCUAAGAUCAGGAAGAUGGARGAAGAAAUGGCCCUGGACCCCGACUCAAUGCUGGGCUCCAUGCUGAGGCAGGACCAGUCCGUCUAUAUGCAGACCAGCCCCAGCGAGCCCUCCAGCGAUCCCCCCAACCCUCAGGAGCUAUGCUCCUGGGAAGACCAGGCCUUCAGCAACAGCCACGCAAUGGCCAACGUGCCUGGUGAUUCCUGGCAGUCCCAACUCCACACUAUGCCCAAGCCGGACGCGGGCAUCAGGGAGGAGUCCACUGUCCAGGACCUGAUGGAAACACUGCAGCAGAUCAUCGGGGACAACAGCCUGUGUUCAAGCCUGGAUGUGGACCCCACAGAGCUGAAGGACUGGGAGAACACUCUGCUGAAGAUGAGCUCCAGCAACUGUGAGAUGUCCGAGGACCUUGAUGACAUCCUCAACCAUGACAUCCUGUCAUAUGUGGAGGAACAUCUCUUCAAGGAGAACGGAGGACUCAAGAUGCCCGAGCAUCUGGGCUCAAUGCUGGGGUCCGUCAGUGUCAACAACACCAUCCUGGAGGUCCCAGAGUGUCUUACAAAUGUCGACCUGCAGGGGAAUACCAUGAUGCCUGGAGGAAAGGGCUUCAACUGGGGUGUUGAUCCCCAGCAGAACCAGUUGCUUGGGAUGGGAGGCUUGAGUGCGGCUGAAACAGUGAGUAACGUUCGGGGCAUGAUGAAGCUGACGCACAUGGGCUCUCAGAUGGGAUUGAACGGCCCCACACUCCAGCAGGCUUCCUCCAGGAACACCUUUGCCCAAUCCCUGGGAAAGAACCUGGGCCUGGAGAGCAACGCUAACCCUCUGGCCUUUAACCCUUCCCUGACUGGCUCCUGUGCCCAGGUGCGGCAGAACCAAGCCAAAGGUAGACAGCAAGGCCUCCAGGCCUCUCAGAUCCUGUCCAGCCCUGGUAACGGGCUGGCGUCUUAUUCCCUGAGACAACAGAUGCAGUCAGGCCUUGCCAAUCGGAGCUCUGCCACUCAGGUCAUCCCUGCUGCUAUGGGUCUGCCAAUCCAGAGCCAGCUGCUGGGGUGGAACAUGAAUGAUCAGCUAAUGAGAUUCCAGGACCAGAGCUCCAUAAGCCAAUCAGAUCCCUUUGCAGUGCCCGGUCAGGAAACCAUGUGGAUGCCCUUGCCCUCCUCCAUGCCCAAUACCAACAUGGGGGCCGACACCCUGUUGGAAACCUUUUCCCAGAAUAUUUCAAAUCAACCAAAAGACGUCAUUCUAGAUCCCAACCCGGCUAGCUGCCUACAAGGACACUUUUCCCUGCAGCCCCAGCAACAGCAGCAGCAGAAAAUGCUGCCCACGAUGUUACAACAACAAAAUGGACACCAACACAAUGUCAUGGGCAGCUUUUAUAACAACCAAGUGUCUGACUUCCAAAUUGCUCCCCAGCUCCCCCCUCCUCUCGUCUCUUCCAACAGCUGCAUGUUCAGCAGCACCAACCCCCCCCCGGUUCCUGUCAACAGGGUCUGUUUAAACCCCAACACGGCCCUUGGUUCCCUGGUCCCAUCCUCCUGUCAGAGGGCCACGGCCCCCCUCCACGACCACAGUCCCACCCAGGCCUCCUGCUACUUCCAGAGGAACUCCAGCGGGCCCAUCGUGGGGUCCUCGGCAAUUCCACAAGGUGACACCAACAUCAGCCCUCUGUCCUGUCAGGUGGGGCCUGGUCUAACCCCCGGGGGCCUCACACCAGACAGCCUGCUGGUCCAGCAGCAGUACCUCAACUGCAACGGGCAGACACAGGUCACAAACUGUCCAAUGGAGGAAAACAUGUCGUUCCAGUUCCCGCCCCUGCCCCUCCCCAACGGAACCCCAUACUUCUCAGAGAACAAUCAAACCAACUGUUGCGACUUCUAGAAGGUUCUACAAGGAGGAAYAACCCGCCUUUUCCGCGGCAGAAUGGAAUUUGUUAAGAUACUGAUGAUGAGCCAUCUUCGCUAAACAAAUAAAUACACGGACACAUACAGACUCACACAGCCAGGUGCCUUUGGGGAUUCUACCACCACAAUGCCUUACUUCACCAAGGAGACUGGCCAAGAUGGCUUCCUUCAUUUUUCUUCUAUGCGUCUCAAAUUGAAUGUUUGGAUGCAAGAUACAAGGCGUUUGGACCAGAGGGUCGUGUGGCUUAUUUUUCUUCUGCAACCAGACUGACUGUCACUGGAGCUCCUCCUUGACUUGCUUUCACCUUGGGUGUGCAUGCCCUGGUUAAAAGCAGUGCACUAUAUAGGGAAUAGAGUGCCAUUUGGGACGUACACUCACGUCUGGUGGAUGUGGAGGAAAGACAGAAUAUAUUUAUUGGUUGUUUUMAGUUGUGCCCCCCGUUUGAAUUGUGCCUCAUUGUGCCUCUAAAGAAUUGCCAGAAGAUUUUGGAAAGGAAAGACGAAAGAUAAUGAAGUAAGCAGUAAUAGGGAAAAAGAGAUAACACGUUGAAUGAGAUUCCUGGGAUUACUUUUAAGUUGUUUUUUAAAAUCCUGAAAUGCAUUUGAAUAUAUAGGAUCUAGACGAAGGUGAGAUAGUCGAUGCCCGGUAAAUUGACUACAGUAUGACCAUACGGGCAAGAAGAAGAGUGUUAGCAUUUGGAAAAUGCUAAAUAUGUUGGCAUAUGAUAUUAUGGACAGGAUGGAUAUCGUUACGUACUGUACAAUAUGUAUGUAUGAAUGAUAUACAGUUUAAGCUGUAUCGAAUGCUAUUCCCCAGCAAUCAUAAUACUUCAAUGGCCUGAAUGAAAAUUGAAAAACAGUUUCCCUUGUGAUGACCUUUGAGACUUGCCACAUGUUCUUGCAUCACAAACCAUGUUCCAUUUUGAUAUCAGCCUUUUAUUACAACAAGAUAUGUUAAUCAGAAUGUAAUGACAACAACAACAAAAAUACAUUUAUUUACUCAGCUUUGUUUAGUUUUUUGAAAAAAAUGCAUCUUUUGUAUUUUUAUAAGCAUUUAACCAAAACCAUAAAUAUGUAAUUGAGCCAGUUUUUUCUUUUCUGAUAUUUUGUGAAGUGUCCCACUGGGCACACAAUGGUUGAAUAAARGUUGUUUCCACGUCAUUUCAAUGAAAUUGUUGAACCAACUUGGAAUAAACGUUGAAUUGAUGUCUGUGCCCAGUGGGAUUCCUGUGCAGCUGCAGUUUUAUUUGCUUCUAUUGUGRUUCUAUUGAUACAAAACACCCAAGAAGGGGAGGUGCCUUGCUAAAGUAUUCAUGCAGAAAUGCAWCAGAUAGUUUAAGUGCCUCAUUUGCAUAAAUAUGCAGAUAGGAAACCAAUUAACCAGUCAUGGAAAAGCAUAUAAUCACCAGUCAAUUUGAAAAGAAAAAGUAGAGCCACUGUUCAAACUGCAUUGUUGAUAUGCCUAUGUGGGAAUAUCUUUCACUUUCAUUUCCUUCAUUAAUUAUUUUAUUGCCCUGCAGUUCUACAGGGAAGUAAUACAGUAUUGGCAGCUACAGUUCCAGAAUGAUCAAUGAUCCAAUUCAAUGUGGAUUAUUCAAUGUAUUCUAGGGGGAUCGGGUGCUUUCAAAAAUCGUACAAAAAUACAGAAUCGAUAAUGAACACCAUAAGUGUCAAUAUUGAACGUAUAUUUGUCUGUAUUCUUGUCUGCAUGCUUCUGCACAAUGUAGGCACUAUAACUAUUGCACUGAGGCCAAGGCGCCUUUCUAUAUGCAGUACCAUUUUAAUGUGUACAUACUAUUUUUCAUUUGUAUUUUUAAGUAAUGUGGCCUUUAUAAGAUUCACACCUAUUAUUAUACACUAUUUUAUACGUAAUGUUUUCUGCACACAAAACAGUUCAUGUCUCUAAAACCUUUUUUGACCUGUUUCCUCAGAACAGUAUUGAUAAAUAUACACCUUGUGGCUUUUGUUGUUGUUGUUUUUCUGCAUCUAACAAUGUGUCAGCCAUGGCGCUUACGUCUCAAUUAUACUUCAUCUCCACAUUAUUAAAGAGGUUUAAUGACUUUUCA